AUGGCUUUAGCUGAAUAUAGUGAUCAUCUGGCGUCUUUAAAUCAAAUGCACAAUGAAGCUAUGGUGAUUGUGAUACUGAAUGUAGUGGCUGUAAUGUGUGAAAACAGCAAAAUUUAUCGUGCAAACAAGUUUCCAUUACCGAUGAAUUUAUAUAAUUUGGUGGUAGCUAGAUCUUCAUAUGGAAAAUCACCAAUACUUGAUUUAGUGAGAAAAUCCAUUGAUGAGGUAGUUCGUUAUCGACCAUCAAAAUUUAAAUCAGCUUCAAAAGAUGGAGAAGAAUUUGACCAGGUUGUAUAUUUUGAUGAAAACACUGCAGCUGGAUUAUUAAGUAGUCUUAAUGGCUGUACACGUUUUCUUAUUACUGACGAGGCUGAUGUUGUACUAAAGAAAAUGGGUUAUACUUUACCACCACCUGGGUCUCGUGAUUGGUCAACUAAUGACUGCAGAAGUCAAUUAUUAACCUUAUAUGAUAGACCGCAUAAUUUUACGAGACGAUUAAAGCGUGAAAGUAUUCAAGUUUUUGACGCAAAAUUAAAUGUUUUGGGUGCAGUAUCAGGUGAUUUAAUAAUUGCUGCAUUGAUGCGCCAAGCAUCCGGUUCCAUGGCUGAUGCGUUGUUUGAACGCACAAUUAUUUGGCCACUUGAUGGUGAAGUAAUACCUACUGCUUCUUGUGUUAUGGAUAUUGAUACCAGCAAAUAUAUGUCAAUUCAACAAUUUGCUAUUGUCGUUAGUUUUAUUGAGAAUAUUGACUUAUAUUUUGAUAAAGAUGCUAAUGAAAGAAUGAUUGUAUGGUGUGAUGAUCUAAAGAAGAAAAGUGCUGCAGAAAAAAACAACGAUCAUAUGGCAGCUCGUUUGGGUAAAAGUGUGCAAAAUUGUCAUCGAAUUGUUGGUUUUUUGUAUAUUGUUGAAUUAGCCUAUUCAAUUGGUCUCAAAUAUCUUGAAAAAUAUGAUCAUUUUCCAAAUAAUGGCAAAAUUACAAUUGAAUUUGUUGAUCAUAUACAAACUUUAUUUGCUGAAUACCUUAUUGAUGAAAAUAAUCAAUUCAUUCAACAUUAUAUUACAUUUGAUAUGGUGGAACGAUGUCGAGAUGUUAUAACAGGAAACAUUGAACAAUACAAAUUAUUAAUGUAUUUAACACCGGAAGAACGAUUUACAGAAGUAAAACAAUCAUCGUCAGCAUUAACAUCUUUAAAACGUGAACAAGAUAGCGAAAAGCUAUCAAAAAAACAAAAACGUAUUAUUCGAUUACAGCCACGUAUGACCGAGAUUAUGGCACGGGUGCUUCGUUUUCGAUCCAUUAUCUUCACAUCAUCUAAUCUUUAUACCGAUGGAGUUAUAAAACGAUCGGCUAGCAUUCUUGGUUCAGCAUUAGCUAAAUUGAUUGAAUUAGAUCUUCUGCUUAUAGUGAAAAAAGGAUUUUUUAGUUCUAAAUGGACGGCUGUUUAUGUAAAAAGAUUACCUGAUCCAUUUUCAACAGAUGAUCAAAUGGAAUUUGAAUGCAAAUUAGGUGAAUUUGGUAUAUCUGGUCUUAAUCUACAAAGUUUUCGUGAAACCUGUUAUGAACUUCUUAUUGAUGGAAAGGGAAAAGUAUCAGAUGAUCUUAUUAAUGAAUUACAACGACCUGAAUAUAAGGAACUCAAUUUGGACAUGAGCAUUCUUAUUGAACGUUCUACAGCAACAACUGUUCAAUCUGUUACAGUAACACAAGAUAGUUCUUGCGACAUUGAUACAAUCUGGCCGGUUGGAAAUGAUUUUUGUGAGAAAAUAUCUCAAAGUGAUGAACAUUCUCAAUUAGACUUGUACAAUAUAUUUGAUAAUAAUAUGACUCAUUUAUCUGAUGAAAAUUCUCAAUUAGCCUCAAAUAAUACUUUUCAUGAUACUGAAAAUCAAACUGAAAUGAUUGAUACUCUCAAAGAAAGCUCCGUAUUUAAUUGUAAUAAUACUGGCAACACGAUGAUGGACAGUCAGAGUGCAAUGAUGGAAGAUGAUGAUGCAACUACAGUUGUUGUUAAACCAAUGGAUGGCAUAAAAGAAUCAAAGGAGAGUGCUUACGAAAAUGAACAAAAAGAUAUUGAAUCUGGUCUUCGUUAUGCGAUUACACAAUGGGAAGGAGAACAAAAUGAUGUGAUUGUCGAAUUCAAACGUAUGCGUUUGAGCGACAAUCCCGAUGAAGAUGAACGUAUACUUGAAAUACAAUUGAUCAUCGAAUGUAUUCUUGAUUACGUAUGUAAAACACAAUGUAAAUCAAAUAAUCACGAUGAAAUUGAUGAUAAAGAACUUGCACGUUUAAGUGACAUAUUUGAAAAAGAGUACUAUGGUUAUGUUACUGAUACUGAACUAGUUCAAGCAAUGGAUCGAUUCUUGAACAUAUUCGAUGCAACAACACCACUAGAGAACAUUACCGACUUACACACUGCAUCUGAAACAAUAGAAUCAACAUCCACAGUUGAGCGGAAUCAAGUGAACCAAUGUCUAGAUGAUGAUAGUGACGAAUAUUAUUAA